UCACCGGUGCGGCCCAGGUGAAGUUCUUAGUGGACGACCCCGAGAUGCUCCACAGGGCCGCGGAACAGUUUUUGGGCAAAACUGUGAGUGAGGUUAAAGACGUGGUGCUGCAAACCUUGGAGGGUCAUCUGAGAGCCAUUCUGGGCACACUCACGGUCGAAGAAGUCUACCAG